AGACGAUUCUUCAUUCUGCGUGGUUCGGAGCUAUAUCUGUCGAGCCGUUUUCGUAAUUAUCUGCCUUUUUGUGAAUUCAAUCACAGGCGGCUGAUUCAGUGUGUUGACAGUGAAUCCUUAAGGUUUCCUGUUUGUCAGCAUAAAUCCACCAUGAGGACUUUCUGCCUUUUGACAGCGCCGAAUGUGUGUGUGUGUUUUUCAGUAUGAACAAAUGUGUGGAACUGGGGGUUGCUCUGUUUUCUUAACAAAUGACUCAGUUUGCUUGUCCUUCCCUAAAAUUCUGCCAGUCUGUGAAGGAUUUUCGAUGAGCAGUGCAAAUAAGCCAGCAUUGGGGAAGGUCUGAAUCUGCUCUGGAAUAGUAGUUUACUGUCAAGUGACUGAUUAAGGCUGGGAAGCCAAUUCUGUAGCAUCCGCCACCUCUUCCUUACUGGCUGCACACUGGAAGUUUUGUAUCCCUAACCCUGCUUUUGUUUUUAAGCUGGAUAUUUAAUACUGCAGUAAUGUGGAGUGGAUUCUCCAGCAGAGGCAGUACCUGCCAUACGACUACUCUUCCUACCCUUGUUCGAACACCUCCGCUAAUGAUGCAACCUUCUCUGGAUAUCAAACCAUUUAUGUCCUUUCCAGUGGAUGGCAGCUCUGCAGUUGGUCUCUUCCCCAAUUUCAACACUAUGGAUCCAGUGCAAAAAGCAGUCAUAAACCACACAUUUGGCGUGUCACUUCCCCCAAAGAAGAAACAAGUCAUUUCUUGCAACGUCUGUCAACUUCGCUUUAACUCUGAUAGCCAGGCCGAGGCCCACUACAAAGGAAGUAAACAUGCCAAGAAGGUCAAAGCACUAGAGGCAACGAAAAAUAGACCAAAAGCUGGUGCUCCCAAGGACAGCGCAAAGGGUAAUAUGAGCUGCUCUACCCCGCCAGUCUCAGCCGACAUCUCUGACAAAUCAGAAGACGGGGCAAACCUGGAAGCAAACGGCUCAAGUCAGCUUCCAAAUGUUGAAGUGGUCCCUCUUAUAUCUCAACCCGUCUCGACACCAUCAGUGGCCACCGUGGGAAGACCCCCCUCAUCAGCUUCCCCCAAGAGCACAAAUGGAAUGACUAUUUCUGUUUCCGAGUCAGAAGAAGAGAAAGCCAAGAAAUUGCUUUAUUGUUCGUUAUGCAAAGUGGCUGUGAACUCCCUUUCACAGCUAGAAGCCCAUAACACGGGUUCCAAGCACAAGACGAUGGUCGAAGCUCGGAAUGGGGCUGGUCCGAUUAAGUCUUACCCUAGACCUGGAUCCAGACUGAAGACUCCAAGUGGCAUGAAGGGCUCAGGGUUACAGAAUAAAACGUUUCAUUGUGAGAUUUGUGACGUCCAUGUCAAUUCAGAAAUUCAACUUAAGCAGCACAUUUCCAGCAGAAGACACAAAGACAGAGUGGCCGGGAAGCCUACAAAACCAAAAUUCAGUCCUUACAACAAACUGCAGCGUAGUCCAAGUAUUUUAGCUGCAAAACUUGCAUUCCAGAAAACUUGCAUUAAGCCCCUGGCACCUGCGUUCCUUUCAUCUCCUCUUGCUGCCGCAGUGUCAACAACGUUGUCUCUUCCUCGUCCUUCUGCUGCUUUGUUCCAGACACCAACAAUACCCCCUGCUCUCCUAAGGGUGGGGCACGGGCCUAUCCGAGCGACUCCCACAUCCAUUCUUUUCACACCCUACUGAUGUUUUCAUGGGCAGCACACAACUAUGACCAUCCAGAAGAGAUCAAGGAGGAGGCAAAGAAGGAUUCCAUAUUUUUUUUAAAGUGGCUGAGUCUUGAAACCAACAUGCUUGACUGCUUCCCAGACAACAGGAUCUGGAAUUCUUUCGUUGACGGGUAUUAUGCACUGGGCAACAUAGGUUUGUUGCUGGGAUUUUGAUUUAUUUUUUUUAAGCAACUCAGAUCAAAGUUUACGGAAGAUGUAAUGGUGCACAAAAUACGUCAAGGGUUCGUGUGUUUGCUUUUAAACUCCGACGACGACACACAUUGUAACCAAGGAACGUGGAAUAUUUUCCUGACAGACUUGAAAACCAGGGUCUUCCUCCCUUGUAUUGCGGUAUACAGGCUCUGGAAACCAGCUAGAUAGAUUCUGGUGUGGGACUAACCUCGAUUUUAAAAAAUCCAAGUGCUUAAAUUACUGGUAACAUCUCAAUAACGGAUUGCAACUUUUGGCUUCCUAUGUGUUCCUGUCGAUAAGGGAUUGUGUAAUGUUUUAGGCCUUGGUACUAGUGUUUCUUGUGUAGUACUUGAGAUUUGAUCUCUUGUCUGAUUCGAACUGUUUUAGUUGCCGUGUAAAUGUUUGGAAGCAAAACAGCCUUGAAGAUUUUGUUUAACGUUAACCUAUAUGUCUUUUAAUUUAACAUUUUACUUAGAGAGAUUUCAGAAUAGAAAGCCAUAUAUCAGAUAGUUGAGAUUAUGAGUCAUUUGCUAGUUUCAUUUUAACUUAUUUUGUUUCGGUUUUUCUCCGCCUUCUUCACUGGUGUUGCUGAUCCACCGUUUCAGAAGACAGCAUCAUUUAUACGUUCAUCUCAACUGGUGCUCAUUGUACUGAGACAGUGAGCCUGUGUAUUUAUUCAUAAAUAUACAUAUAUAAAUAUAUAUAUAAAUAUAUUAAAAUAUAUUUUUUUCCAUUUCUAAACUUCUUUCCUAUAUAAUGAUGCCACAUGAAGUUGUGGCUGCCUAAUGCAAUAAUGUACAGAAGAUUUAAAAAGAUAUUUAUUAAAUAUAAUUGUCUCA